GCAAACCGAUUAAAUUCGCCGGAGAAGAAGCCUAACUCCUUAUCAAGCAAAGCAAAGACUGACAGUAAUGAAUGUAUUCCUUUUGAUGAUGGUAGUACUGCGUCCCCAUGCACUCGCACUGCCUUCGAUGUGUUGCUAAAAGCUAUGGAGCCUGAACUGAACACCUUGGCACAAGAGUGCCCCCCUUACGGGAUGCAGGGAGAGAAGCUGAGACCAAAUAAAACUGUAAGCACCUCUUCUAGUCUCACCUCCAAUACGAUGAGUGUCCAAAAUCCGUCUGUUUUGUCCCAGCGUGAGUUGGCAGCUGGAUCACACUACUACCCGUGUGCUUUAAACAGUGUUCAUGUAGCAAUGACAGCUAAGAGUGGACAAGCACAGAUCCAAUCAAUUGCUCAUUCUCAAGACCUCAUUACAAAGACCAGUCAACAAAAUCACCAGGUUGUUGUGUGUCCGAGUUUCGCCAGACCAGUGGUGCAACAGCAGAGUCAAGAAAACCCCAAACUCCAGCAGAUUUACAGUAUAGCAGUAACCUCUUCUAUCGUUCACACCUCAUCGUCCACGGUAACUCAGGUUUUUCCUCAAAGCCAGUUAGUAGCUAAUGCACCUUCACCUUUGCCAAUUAACACAUCCAGUUCCACACACUUGUCAAUAGGUCCCACCUACAGCUCAGCCCAGAUAGCAUCGGUUGUAAAUCAUGGUGUAGAGCAAAUAUGUAAUCUCCUGAAAGACCAGAAGCCUAAAAAACUCGGGAAGUACGUCUGUGAGUACUGUAAUCGGGCCUGUGCCAAGCCCAGUGUUCUCCAAAAGCAUAUCCGAUCUCAUACCGGAGAGCGACCGUACCCUUGUGUGACAUGUGGGUUUUCAUUUAAAACCAAAAGCAAUCUGUACAAGCACAAGAAAUCUCAUGCACAUGCUAUCAAGCUCGGGCUUGUCCUACAGCCGGAUUCUGGCGGUCUCUUCUUGUCUCAUGACUCAGACAAAGCACUUAGUAUUCACUCCGACGUGGAAGAGAGUGGUGAAAGUGAAGAUGAAGGCACUGCAGACGAAAGACAAGAUGAGCAAGAACUGGAGCCUUCACAAAUAGUGAAAGUAAUUUCAAGUUCAGAAACUUUACGGAAAGGAAGCCCUGUUCCACUGAGCAACCCAGACUCUGUAGCGGGUGAUUCCUCGUUAUGUGAUACAGAACCACAAGUGAGGGCAGCUUUACCAAAAGUAGUAGUUCAUCCUGUUAAUGUCUCUCCUUUAAGGGCCGAUAGUCCAAAAGUCACAGAUGCAGCAGCUGAGCUUGCUGCAGCACAGAAGAAAGGAGAUUUUAAAGUGACAAAUCUUCAGUCAAAUGUAGCACACACAACCUCCUUCAAGGAGACUGACGUAAAGCAGCAACAAAAGAUAGAAAUGGGUCUAUCAGAGGAACAGCUAGGGUCUGCAGUAGGAGCCGUGCACGCUCAGCUCCAGAGACAACAGGCGACUGAUUGUUCCCAAGAUCAGCAAGGAAAAUGCCUUUUGAGCCCCAGAAGUUUGGGCAGUACCGAUUCCGGUUAUUUCUCUCGUUCUGAAAGUGCUGAUCAAACGAUGAGCCCACCGGCGCCUCUUGUAAGAGGACUGCCGACUUCUGAAAAAGAUGCAAAUAAAAACCUGCCCUGUGUGCCGCGAGCGAGUGGAAUAGUUGCAUCUGUGGUUCAGACAGUUUGUGCUGAAAAAAAUCUGAUUCUCUCUGGCCAAAUGCGACCACCCAUGGCAACAAAAACCCUCGAGGAGCGUAUCUCAAAGCUAAUUUCUGAUAAUGAAGCUGUUGUGGAUGACAAACAGUUAGAUAGCGUGAAACCAAGAAGAACAUCCCUUUCAAGAAGAGGAAGCAUAGAUUCACCAAAAUCCUAUAUAUUUAAGGAUUCCUUCCAGUUUGAUUUAAAGCCCAUGGGAAGAAGGACGAGCUCAAGCUCAGAUAUACCAAAGUCUCCUUUCACGCCCACAGAGAAAUCAAAGCAAGUUUUUCUUCUGUCUGUACCAUCCCUUGACUGUUUGCCUAUAACAAGAAGUAAUUCUAUGCCUACUACCAGUUACUCAGCCGUACCUCCAAAUGUAAUACCUCCCCCUCAUCCACUUCGAGGAAGUCAAUCGUUCGAUGAUAAAAUUGGCUCUUUAUAUGAUGAUGUCUUUGUAUCAGGACCUGCUACUCCACUGAACCAAGGUGGGCAUCCUCGGACUCUUGUUCGACAGGCGGCAAUAGAAGAUUCUUCUACUGGUGAAAGUCAAGUUCUUGGGUCGGUACGUAAUCUUUCUUCCGUAGAAGAGAAUUACCUUGGAUGUAAUUUAUCAAAUGAAUCUUUAUUGCAACGGAGCAAGUCACUGGCGCAAGGAUCAAAUUUAGAAAAGGCAAAGAAGUCGCCCCAAGUGCGAGGAACAAUGUUUGAGUGUGAAACCUGCAGAAACAGAUACAGAAAACUGGAAAAUUUUGAAAACCACAAGAAGUUCUAUUGUUCCGAAUUGCACGGACCUAAAACCAAAGCGGCAAUCCGCGAGCCUGAGCAUAAAACUGUUCCCAGUAGUACACAGCCUCAAAUUCUGCACUACCGCGUCACUGGUUCAACUGGUGUCUGGGAACAGACGCCUCAGAUAAGGAAAAGAAGGAAAAUGAAAAGUGUUGGAGAUGACGAUGACCCGCAGCAAAAUGACACAAAUAUGUCAUCAAAGAAUGCAGACAGCCAAAGUAAACCGUCAAAUGCUUCCAGUCUGUCAAAACACAGUGCAACAGUAGUAGGUUCGCAGCAGCAAAGCAAUGUUGCUCUUCAAAGUUCACAAAUUCAGCUUGUGGCUCGAGGCACAGAUCAAACUACGGAGCUAAAGAUGGCUCCACUUAUUGAAAAGCAGACGAGUUCAGUUGCACAAGAAAAGGUGGAGCUGAAAAGGCAAGGGACUGGCAUUUCAGUAAUACAGCAUACUAAUUCACUGAGCCGAAAUAGCUCCUUUGAGAAAUCAGAGUCUUUUGAAAGGGUCUCACCAGUUUCUUUUCAAGAGCCCAACAAAGUUGCAAAGCACUGCUCUUUGAAUACGAUUGUAAUCCAAGAGGAUAGGCACUGUCAUCUGAAUCCUUCCCAGCAUCAUCAGCCACUGUCAUCGGAAGCACCGCGGGGGGAAGCUCAGAGUAAUCGGGUGGUUUCUCACGAGAGAAGUGCACCACUUCAGCCAUCAAGGCUUGUUCGCCAACACAACAUCCAGGUUCCUGAAAUACUGGUCACAGAAGAACCAGACAGGGACCAAGAAAACCAAUAUAGUGAUCAGGAAAAGACGGAAAGAUUUAACUGGCCACAGCGUAGUGAAACUCUGUCAAAGUUGCCCACAGAAAAGCUUCCACCAAAGAAGAAAAGAAUUCGCUUGGCUGAGAUGGAACAUUCAUCUGCGGAGUCGAGCAUUGACUCCACACUGUCCAGGAGUCUAAGUCGGGAAAGUAGUUUGUCCCAUGCCUCUAGUUUUUCAGCUUCGCUUGAUAAAGAUGAGAUUUCCAAGGCUGAGAAUCCUUCCAAAAUAGAGCUUAUUAAUAAGUCUAAUGUACUAGGUGUUCCAGGUCCUCAUUACAGGGAAAUGAGACGUGCUGCAUCUGAGCAAAUCAGCUGCACGCAGCCAUCCAUGGAGGUUGUAGACUACAGGAGUAAGUCUUUUGACUGUGGCAGUAUGUCUCCAUCGAAACCUGCCUCACUUGUAGAGGUAGCCACUCCAAAAUCGUCUUCUGGGAACGGUGUUACUGGGCACGUGCCUCUGCUAGAAAGGAGGAGGGGACCAUUCGUAAGACAAAUAUCUUUAAAUAUUGCUCCAGAAAACCAUCAGCCUCAAGUUAAAUCAACUUCCCUCCAGACUGCUCACGCUGCGGAUGCGCCCGCGGUGCCGUUUCAUAGGUUGCAAACCUGCAGCAAGUCUGCAGUGGAGUUCCCUUCAAGUACUCAGCAUUCUCAGACUCCCUCCAGGCCCCACGCUGCAGUUCGCGGUUGCAAUCCUGUUAGCCUGCCUUCAGCUCAGCAGCCUCCAGACCGUGUCUUGAGUAAUCUGGGACAACCAUCCUUGCAGCAGCCUUCCCAGGCAUCUACUAAAACCUCAGCCCAAGGAGAGCAAGCAAAUACCUACCUGCUUUCAUGUCACCCCGCUGAAAGCAGGGAUUGCUUUGCACCCAAGUAUCAGCUUCAAGUUAAAACAUUGCAUGUAGGUCAGCCAUUCACUUCUAAGUUAUUAAAAAAUACUUCAGCAACUCAGACUGUUCCAUGCCAGGUUGGGGCAGACCAGAAUGCUUCCCCUUUUGAAAUGCAGACUAAAUUGUCUGAUAAUACAUCUAAUCCAUAUUCCGUGCCUCCUCUAAAACAGAUUGUCCCUAACAACUGCAGCAGCCAGAUGCACCCAAUUCCUCCUUUUGUAGUUCCUGUCCGAAUUCAUAACAGCGUGCCAUCCUAUGGCUUUGCAACUGUUACACCCCUUCCUCACAUUUUAGUGACCCAGGAACAAGGCAGUCAAUCUGCUUGUAAAUCAAAUGCUGUGUCGGUGCCAAUGCUUGAAGGUAAAACUCAGCUGCCAAAAUCUCACAAAGACUGUCAGAGGACUUUGCCAAAUUUGCUUGAAUUUGAAAACUCACUACCUGAUAAUGGAACCAGACAUUCACCCUUGUCCAGCUCUUUGAAUAUUAUUCAGAAAGUGCCAGUUAGUGGACUCUUCCCUCAGCAGGAAGCUGCAAGUAAACGAAUGCUUUCCCCAGCCAACAGUUUAGAUAUUGCCAUGGAAAAGCAGCAAAAACGGGUUAAGGAUGAGAGCGGAGCUGCCUGCAUGGCAGAUGCCAGACCCUCGCAUUCCCUGAACCUUCGGUCUGGUGACGCUGCCAGUAAGCAAAAGAAACCAGUUUUGGUGAGACAGGUGUGCACCACGGAGCCUCUGGAGAGUCAUCCGUUAGAUCCCGAUGGUGUUCCGCAGCAGGAAAAAAGCAGCCAAGCUGGUGCUGCAGACGUGGUGCUGCCCGACUGUCAUCCCGAAACGGGCACUGCAGAACCCCUAAAGGAGUCGCCAGAAUUGGAAGACCCGAAGUUGUCAGCAUCAGCAGCGCUUGCGGUUAGAAAAGCAUCGGAGUUGUCUCCAGGGAAUAACCAGAGUCCUCUGCCAAAGCCUGUGAGUGGCAGUCAAGAAAGAAGGUCUCCGAGUGCUGGUAACGAGAGCAAGCAAAUUGGCAGCCAGGGUCAUGCAAAGCCUGGAAGCACCCUGGCUGCAGCGAGCACAGGAGAACUGCAGAGGUUGUCAUUUCCAAGCCUCAAGACCUCCACAAACUUUACCUGGUGUUACCUCACGAAGAGAAAACCACUACAUCUGCUGCAGAGUGACCAGAAAAUUUCAGCCUAUUCUACGUGGACCAUUAGCCCCAACAAUCCCAAUCCACUAGGUUUGCUGACAAAGGUAGCCCUUUCGCUCCUUGAUUCCAAACAGAAGGUUGAAAAGCCACUAUACACCCAAGCUAGAACCACUCAUCCCAGAUGUGACAUACUGGUCUAUUCAAGCAAGUGGAAGAACAGCUUAACCAAGCGAGCAUUAAACAGGAAAAAAAUGAUCGCAAGUGAAUUCAGCAAUAAGGAGAACUCUGAAUCAAGCACUGAGCAUGAUAAAGAAAAUUCCUUUAUCAAAACUGAACCAAGAAGAGUUAAAAUCUUUGAUGGAGGGUAUAAAUCAAACGAAGACUACGUGUACGUUCGGGGGAGAGGAAGAGGGAAGUAUAUCUGUGAAGAAUGUGGCAUACGGUGCAAGAAACCCAGUAUGCUGAAGAAACAUAUUCGCACACAUACAGAUGUCCGUCCUUACCAUUGCAACUACUGCAACUUCUCCUUCAAAACUAAAGGAAAUUUGACAAAACACAUGAAGUCAAAGGCACACAGCAAGAAAUGUAUGGAUUUGGGAGUCUCAGUAGGCUUAAUAGAUGACCAGGAUGGAGAAGAAGAAUUUGGCGAGAAGCAAAGGUUCAGCUAUGAACGCUCAGGAUUCGAUGCGGAGGAGUCCGACGGUCCAGAGGAGGAUGAGAACGACAACGAGGACGACGACGACGACAGCCAAGCCGAGUCGGUGCUAUCCACAACGCCCUCGGUCACGGCCAGCCCCCAGCAUCACCCGUCGCGACACGGCCUGCAGGACGCCGCGAGCGUUGACGAAGACACCCGGCUUCCCGACUGCUUUGCCGGCGUUCACACGGACUCCAUGGACGGGCUGCCCAAAGCGCUGCUGACCAAGAUGACCGUCCUCAGCACGGUGCAGUCCGGCAGCAGGAGCUCCGGGUCCCCGGUGGAAUUCGGCCCUCAGGAGGCACAGGAUGGUAAAGCGCCGGAGCGGGGAGCGGGUCCCAGGAGCGCUAGCGCUGCCCUUCCGGAGGCUGCUCCUACAUCUCCAGGGCGGCAAAUGUCGGUGGAUUACCCAGACCCAGACGCAGCCUUGGGGCAUUCGUUGAUAUCAGCUGCGGCUCUUACAAAGGUAGGAUUCUGGGCGCAAUUCUCCAAAACCUUUUUCUCCUUAAGCAGCGUGUAUGGAGAGUAUUCAGCAAUGUUUUGGAGUCCUAGUGUUCAAGGGAAAGCAACUAAGAUAAUUGAGAGGAAAAUUCAGUUACAGCCGCCCCGCGCGCCGUGCGGCAUGGUGCCCGUAGGGGGCAUUCAGGUGGUCCCUGCUGGCCUGGCCACCUACUCCACGUUCGUGCCCAUCCAGGCGGGGCCGGUGCAGCUCACUAUUCCUGCCGUUAGUGUCAUUCACAGGACUACAAGCGCGCUCGGCGACGCGGGCUGCGUGGUCUCCGGCACGGCGAAUCCCAUAGGCGUUGCCGAAGUGAACAGCGUUGUGCCGUGUAUUCCCAUAGGUCAGAUAAACGUGCCAGGCAUCCAGAGUCUCAGCGCACCAAGCUUGCAGCCUCUUCCACCGUUAGGCAUGGAGACAGUCAAUAUCUUAGGCCUGACAAACACAAACAUAGCCCCACAGAUACGCCCUUCAGGAAUUACUCUAAAUACUCUAAAUGUGGGGCUGCAAGUUUUGACUGCCAAUGCUUCUCCACAGAGCAAUCCCAGCCCUCAGACGCACAUUCCAGGUUUGCAAAUACUGAACAUAGCGUUGCCUACAUUAAUCCCUUCCGUCAGCCCGGUCAACGUUGAUGGACAAGGAGCUUCUGAAACACCAGCUUCAAGUAGCAAAGCCUGUGACGUCCAACAGGAGCUGCCUGCCGUGAACUUUCCUGCAGCCGACGCCAGUCAGGUCGCCAGGGCUGCUUCUCCUCAGGUGGCACCCAGUGUCCAGCGGUACAGUGUAAAAAGCCUUUCAGAGCCUGCCCCUCCGAAGGACUAUGAAAGACCUCAUGGUCCAGGGAAAGCAGACGCGGAAAAGACCAACCUUGCAAAUCACAUGAAGCCAAAGUGUGAUGUCCCUUCUGUUCAGGUUAAAAGGGCUUCCGCAGCAGAGCCCCGCUCAAAGGUGAAUUCUGACGCUCUAACCAAGUCCCCCGUCCAUCGAACUGUCUCUCCAGAUAGACAGGUACACAGGCCAACAGGAUUGCCCCGAAGGCAAAACACAGUGCAGUUUAGUGAUGGCAGCAGUGACGAUGAGGAUAGACUUGUAAUAGCAACCUAG